AUGGCAUCACCGAUAAGCAAGACUAUUGCCGCUCGUGGAAGUAUCCUCCAGCAUCAGGCAUUGAAGAAGAUACCAUCACAUCGUCUUAAUCCUCGAAACUUCCAACUGUCGUCGUUUUCUUCUAUUUCGAUCGACAGCAAUGAAAUCAUGUCCGAACGUGUCCGACAUGAUGGUCGUCAGCCUUUUACUAUCAAUGCAAUGCAUGAUAAGAGUCGAGUACGAACGAUUCGAUUCUACCGCAUGUUGCUUCGUCAAUGCCAAUCAUUGGCUGCGACAACCACUCCCAAGUCCUCCAUCACAAGUUCCAAACAAGAUACUUCCGAGAGAUUCCUAUUGCAACCACGAGUGGCAACAUCCGCUGAAAGCUUGUAUUUUCGAACAGCACCGCCUGUGGCAACCGAAUCUCUUGAUCUCUUUCGUCUGUUUUACAUUUUGGUGGAACGAGAAAAUGUCUUGAAAACAGGAAGGCCCAUCAGGUUGCCACCAUCGCAUCCACAUGCGAUAAAACGAAGCUACAGCUCUGCCUCGUAUGCUGCUCCAUCGGCGCAACUGGAUACUUCCAUUGAUGAUUGGUUCUUUGAAGUGACAGGAGGCCAAAUGCCAGUCUUUCAAAAUCAAAAUGGUGACGUCGAUGACGAAAUGAGAAAUUUGUUGGUCAACACCUGUUGGACUAGCCCCGGUCAGCUCCGAUCCGUCGUGCGAGAUGCCUUUAAAACGGACUACAAUCGGAUUGAUACACCAGAACUACAUAAAUGGACCCUUCGUGCCAUCCAAAUUCUUCAAGACCAGGAAGAUUUGUGGAAGCGAUCAUCGGUAGCCGUGACCGAUCGAAUCCGAACCGUCGCCACCUGUCAAUUGGGAAGGUGUUUGGGGGCAUUGGCCAAAUUCAACACAUGGCCUUCGAAACGAUUUACGUACAAGAUUCGAAUUGAGAACUUGACGCAAGAUCAUUUGCAGUUGAUGGGCCGAAGCUUGUCCAUUCAAGGAAUUGACGAAGAUGGCAAAGCGUACGAGGCGCCAGUGCUUAACUCCAAAAUGUUGAACCGACCAUAUGUUCCAUCCACAGUGCUCAAACCUGGUCAGUGCUUUGAAUUUGUGGGAAACGUCAACCUCAAGACUGAGAAGGGAACUGUUCAAGGAUGCUUUCAUAUGAACAAAGUCCUAGCUAACUCAGCUGUAGCUGGCAUGGAGGCCAUACCCAUCGGCGAUGUGAUUCACGCCGAAGUUGCUCCGCUUGAGCUAACAAUGUAA